GUAAAUUUAAUUUUUAAAGUUACGUUUAAAUCAAAAUGGCUGACACAUUAAAAGAGUUAGUUAAGAAACGUGGCAGUCUUAAGGCUAAAUUAACUCUCUUUAAUACUUAUAUUAACGUGGCUAAAUCGUGUGAAAGAUUAAAUGGAGAUCGAAGCGUUAUCUGAGAAGCCCGAGGAGGCGUACGCGGAGCGGGAGCAGAUUGAAAGCCAGUUCUUUGUGUUGGUCUCGACUGCUCGACUUCUUUUGAGUCCGACGGUGCAGGCGAGCGGCGACCGGGCCGGCUCCGGCUGCGGAGCGGCUUCCACGUCAUGCUGCGCCGGCGCCGGCCGGCAGGACUUCGUUCGUCUGCCCAAGAUCGACCUGCCUCACUUCGAUGGGAACUAUCAGCAUUGGCUCGGAUUUAGAGAUACGUAUAUUUCCCUUAUUCAUAAUAAUCCCUCAAUAAACGACAUUAGCAAAUUUCACUAUCUUCGUGCAUCUUUAAAAGGCUGUGCCGCCAUUGUUAUUCAAAGUCUUGAUUUUAGCAGUGAUAAUUAUCAUAAAGCAUGGCAAUUAGUGUCGGAGCGGUUUGAUAACCCGCGCCUCUUAAUAAAUAAUCAUAUCCAGGCCCUGUUUAACCUUGAACCUAUGCAACGUGAGUCGAGCUGUUUGUUACGUGGCAUGGUGGACGUGACAAACAAAAACUUGCGUGCGCUCAGUACUUUAGGAGAACCUACCGAUCAUUGGGACACGUUAGUUAUUUAUAUAAUGUCUAAGAAGUUAGAUGCAGUAACUAAGCGUGAAUGGGAAGAGCACAGGAACCUGUUAACAGGUUCGCCGACGUUGCAGCAAUACAUUACAUUUCUAAAUAACAGGGCCGACUUAUUAGAGUCUCUUGGCAGUGAUAACUUUAAUAAAGUUAGUAACAAUUGCGAAAAAACAUCAAAACAUAAAUUGCAGUCGCAUAACGAGCCGCAAAAAUUACAUAGUUAUCUUACAACUACUAAUAAUAAUAAGUCUUAUCGUCAACUCGUUUGCCCUUAUUGCACACAGGAUCAUUUUUUGUUUAAAUGUGAAUCGUUCCGUAAAUUAGAUGUCGACAGCAGGAUAAAUAAAGUCAACAGUUACUCAGUAUGUAAAAACUGUCUUCGGCCGGGACACUUAGAUAAGCAAUGUGUGUUAUCUCAUUGCAAAUACUGUAAACAUAAACAUAAUACUCUUUUACAUAAGGACAUUGAAAAAGAGCCUUCUAGCAGUGACGUUCCGAUGCCAGCAGUUCAUUUUAGCGGCCACAUACAAACUAAACUGUUCAACCCUACUGAGACUUCCGGACUACUGUCCACAGCGUUGGUGCACGUGAGUGACGCGAAUGGGGUGCUGCAUGAGGCGCGUCUGCUCCUGGACAACGGUGCUUCCCCCAACUUUGUGACGCGUGAUCUGUGCGGGCAGCUCGGCCUAGCGACACACUGCGCUGGAGCUACGAUCACAGGUAUCAAUGAGCAGUCUUCACAUUGUCCGGAGUCUUGUGAUAUUACUAUUCAUUCACUUCAUAACAAAUAUAAGACGACCGUUAGCUGUUACGUUGCGGAGGUAAUAAAUAAAUCACUGCCGCCGAGUCGCAUAGAUCUUAGAAAUAUACCUAUUCCUGCCGGCAUCACAUUGGCAGACCCUUCAUUUUACGAGCCUUCCGUUAUCGAUAUAUUGGUCGGGGCGGAAGUGUUUUGGGACGUCUUAGGUACUGCGCGUAUUAAAUUAGGUAAACAUAAAACUCAACUACGUGAAACAUCGUUAGGUUGGAUCGUGUGCGGAUCCAUACCUGCCUAUUGUAAAAAUACGAACCCAUCAUAUUUUUGUUCGUUCCUCAGGCAUGAUGAGGAGAUAAAUCCUACACGUUGCUUGGUGCAAGACUCCGGGCAAAGGUUAUUUCAUCGAUGACCGUGAAGGUUGAUCAUAGUUACUUUGGUCUGACCCUAUGAUCCUGCUGGUCUUAAAGGCGUAUAAAAGCUGAACCCGGCAGAUCUGGUGUCACAAUCUUAAUAUACAUACAUCGUAUAAUACAUAUCUUAUUCCUAACAAAUCAUAUCUUCAUAAAUAUCAUAUACCUACUGCCUAAUAUAUUAACAUACCUACCUAUAUUAAUACAUAUUAUACAUAACUAUAAAAUAAUAAAAUCAUAAUUCAUAUCUUACUUUAUAUAUAUACGUACAUAAAUAUACAAUCUAAUAAAUGAAACCUUUAGAACUCGUAAAAUACCUACAAAGUUCCCCUAAAGAAUCUUAUCUUUUUCUUACCUAUCUAAUAUCCUUUAAUCUUAUUGUAUGUUGUAUUUAAACCUAACUGGUCUUUAAUAAUGCAACAUAUGUCGUUAUUCACCAUCCCACCUGUUAUUACUUGUAAACAUUUAGCAAACAUACAUUAAUGCUUACUAUCUAUCG